AUGGCCUCACAGGAUAACUCAACAUCACAGCCAACAAGCCAGAAUCUAACCCAACCAGCCACACCAGUGCGACUGCAUAAUCGAGAAUUCAAAGCCUGGCUAGUUGAAAAAUAUAAUAAAUGCAAUGUCGAGUUUCCAUUUUUGAAAUCCAUUCACCCGAACUAUAAAGAUCCCGCCGAGAUUGAUAGUCAAAUCGUCAAUCUAUCCGAUCUCGAUGAUCCGCCUGCAGAUUUUCAAAUUGCCUAUCUGAUCAACCGGAAUCCGGCGAUGCCGGCUGCUAUUGCCCUAGUAGCUCAUCAUUUCUGGAACAUAAACGCGGAGAAAGCACUUAAAAAUUCGGAGGACAGAAUUGCGGCAUUCAGAAAGUUGGCCUUCAAUCAAGACGAACGAUUCAGAAUCAGGAAUGUCCACGAGCUCUCUCAGCUGUCACGCGAUGCUGGACCGAGAUUAUUGAAACCCGAAAUCCUCCGUAGGCUAGGGAAGCUGCCUAUUAGUCGUCACUAUCCGGACUUUUCAGAAGGGACCGAUUGGGAAGAACAACGGACACGUCCUGUAUUUCCUCCGGAGAAUGACGGUGAAAAUGUCGGAGAUUCAGAUGGGGGUAGCUCUGGCAAUUUGACCUUGGAGGAAUUGCCCCCUAAUCUGAAAAUUGUUCGGGAAUGCCUAGAGAGGCUUUUGGUUCAAUUGAGGUAUCAGGGGCUUGCAGUGGCUUCGAAAGGGAUUGAUGCCACCGGGUUCCAUGCCCUUGAUGAUACUUCUGAAGGUAGCCGUAGGAGGCGCUUACCACUUCGAAAGAUACCCUUGGCACUUGACAUCAAACACAAUGUUGACCACAAUAACUUCAACCCUUCUCGUAUGCUAUAUGAUUCUCGAGAGCGAGGCCCUGUCCAUAACUCCAAUGAAGUUAUUGCUAAAUCGAAAUACGACUGCAUAGCCAUGGCUGCCAAAUUCCUUGACGUUGGUAUCACUGAAAUCGAUAUCGAGAAUCUCCAGGAGAGUGGUAUACAAGAAACGCAAAGCCAUCGACUUUUCGUACAUCUGUCCUUUCAUCGGUUUUUUGAUAGCCUUGGGGCACAAAGUUUCAAAGACCUCUUGCACAAGUCGACUUUUUUGCGCGGGCAAUUUAGUCACACUGCCUCCCCAGUUGUCAGAUGUGCGAGUAAUCAUGAGACUACUCUGGUUAGGGCCACCAACUCCUUAGUUUGGCUUGAAUCCUCAACUAUCGAUGACGGCCCUGCCGGUGCCACCAUGCAAAAAAUCUUGCAAACGCUCUUCUUGCAGUCGGUAAAUCCUCCAGCACCCGCGGGUCAGCGCCAAGGUGACCAUUGUGCUGUUGAUAAUUGCAAGAGCAAGCUGGUUGGAACGGGUAUCUGCCAAUCCAUGCCCCUGCGCAUAGCGGUCAGCUUGCCCCCACGGAUCUCGCCUACAGAUCAUACUAGCAACAAUAUCAGGAUCAACUACCACGAUGAGAAAGAAGGUAAGGAGGACGUUGCGGUAUAUCGCUGGCUAGGCGGCAUCUACGCUAAUUCGGAUAACGAGUAUUCGGAAACUACUCGUUAUCGGGUCUACUGGACUGAUUCACUGCGGGGCGAGAAACCUAGAGGAACUAUCUCGAUGUAUGAUCCAUUUCAAGCUGAUGGUCAAGUGAUUGAGGGGGUGCCUCCGUCUCAUCAAAAUGAGCCUAUUCCGGGGGAGUGGUGGAAAGACACUUUCAAGCCAGUGAUAUUCUAUGAACGCAUUUUCAAUCCCGACCUUAAUGAUAUCACCCUCGCUGCUGCUGUGCUCGGCGAUAUAAAGACUGCUUCAGAUGAAGGCCGGUAUAUCCUUCAGCUUCCAAGCUGCGAUUGGGCCUUUCCUUCGUCAUCCACGGACGAUUCGGACAAUCAGGGUGACUCUGCACCUUCAAAUAGUAAUCUUCCUUCGACAUCCAAUAAUGGCACGUCAGGGCUUCCACAAUUUCAAGGUGCAGAAGCAUUUGCAGGUGCAAGCUUUGAUGCACUUCUCAACAGUUCAGACAACAGCGGUGAUACUCAAAUGCAAGACGUAGUGGAUUAUGGCGACAAUGAUUACAUCCAAGUCACUGGAAACACAGGGGCUGCAGAGAAUGAAUAUACUGUGAAUCAGCACGGUGGUCCGGUGCAGUCAAUGAUCCCAGUCUCACCAAGAAAUGAUGUGGGAUUUGUGGCAUAUGACAGUAGUAUGCAACAAUCGGCACCUGAUCAACCUAGGAGAAUACUUGAACAGCAGUAUACUAACCCAUCAGCCACAAGCAACCAUAUAAUGGGUCGCAAUCCUCUCAAUUCACGCAAUAUCGAUAUCUCAAGUCAAGGCCCACACCAAUAUAUUCUUGAUCAGAUCAAUAAUGGCCAUGUGCAGAACUUUCAUUCUCAGAACCUACAGGCAACUUCCCCGAUGGGAUUACUUCAGCCCCACGAUAUGCAUAAUUUCCACUCGACAAAUCCCUCUUUUGGCAACGGUAUCUCCUCCAAUACUGCGGAGGGUAUGGAAUUUCUACAGGGAUCACCUCCAACGCCAGACAUCUUUUCCGAUGUACACCAACAAAAUGGAAGUUACGGAGAAGAUAACGAUUCUAACUACGGAUUAGAUGGCCUCAGAUAUGGAUUUUAUUAA